AUGGGAUCCAACCGGAAACACCUAGAAGCCGCAAUCGCAAGGCUCGAUCGGUUUCAAACGGUAAACAUAACACGACCUCUCAGGUCGUCGACAACCCCCCCAAAACCCAAUACUAAGUUUGACGCAACUGUUAUUGCUUCUACCAGCACCGUUGACGAAUUGGUAAAGGUUGUAA